AUCAACUUUAAAACCGACCUCCACUCUGUGAUUUUCUCUGUAGAGAGGGAUUUGGAUGGUAUCCAAAUUCCCUAUAAAGCCCCAAAUCGACUCUAACACUUGCCACUCACUACUACCCUCUCUACCCCCAACCAAAUACCGACCAUGGUCCGCAUAAGCAACAGCUGCAUAGGCUGCUUAAACCUCAUAACCUUCCUCCUCUCCCUCCCCAUCUUCGCCGCCGCCAUCUGGCUCAGCACCCACUCCAGCUCCGACUGCGACAAGCUCAUGAACGGCCGAGCAAUCGCCGUCUCCGCCUUCCUCCUCCUCGUCUCCCUGGCCGGUUUCAUCGGGGCGUGCUUCAGGGUCACCUGGCUCAUGUGGUUCUAUCUUAUAACCAUGUUUCUUGUUAUCCUUCUUCAUGUUUGUUUCAUAGUGUUUGAUUUCACGGUGACCGCGAAGGGGAGUAGCGGAGGGGAGACGAUGAGGGGGAGAGGGUAUAGGGAGUAUCAUCUUGAUGACUAUUCCCGCUGGUUCAGGGAUGCGAUGGAGGAUGAGGAUAAUUGGAGGAGGACGAGGAGCUGUGUGGUUGAUAACGGGGUUUGUAAGAAGUUGGAGGAGAGUGGGAAUGAGACUUACAGCCAGUUUUUUAAGAGUCAUUUGUCGCCGAUUGAGUCUGGAUGCUGCAAACCCCCAGCAGAGUGCGGGCUCGUCUACCAAAAACCAACAGUGUGGACCGAACCAAAGGGAGGCUUCACCUCCCACAACCCAGACUGCAAGACUUGGAGCAACAACAACACCACCUUGUGCUACGACUGCAACUCUUGCAAGGCCGGAGUUAUCGCCAACGCCAGCAUGUACUGGAAAAUCUCCGCCGUCGUCAACAUUGUCUUCAUCGCCAUCCUCAUCGUCGUCUAUGCCAUUGGUUGCUGUGCUCUCAAGAACAACAGGGAGGAUAAUGCUCUUCCCAAAUUGAAAGGAUUCGUUUAGAUUCUCAGUUUGGAGGUUUUGGCUCGUCUUUGGCGGUUUUGCUUGUGCUGUCUUAUCCUCUAGCUCGUUUGGUGGUGUAAUUGCUUGUUGGGUGGAUUUGGAUCCUCUCUAAAUCUAGUGAUCAAGAGAUCACUAUUUUUAUCAUAGUCAUUGAUUUGUUUAGUAUGUAGUUGUAAUUUGUCUUUGAAUGUAAAUUAGGAAUGAGUGCAAUUUGAGAGAGUAUGAUGAGAACUAGAUUUAGAAUAAAUUAAGAUAUCUACUAAAUAAAUUAACGGUUAUGAUCAAAA